AAUCUACAGGAAAUCGUAUUGUUGGUGAUGGCAACACUGUUUCAAGUCUCGUCAAUGUCAAUCCUCAAGUCAAUGCUGGCGUGAAUCUUCUAAGUUCAGCAACACAAACCGUUUCUGGUGUGGCUGGCGGUGCUAGUGGUGGACUUUUAGGCGGCGUACUAGGUAGCGCAACUAGUGGACUUUUAGGUGGCGUACUUGGUGGUGCAACGAGUGGAGUUUUAGGCGGCGUACUUGGUGGCGCAACUAAUGGACUUUUAGGCGAUGUGGUUGGCGGCUUGGGUGGUGCGGCCAACGAUAUCGGCGGCCAGCAAGUCGUGAAUGCUCUAAAUAUUGUCAACCAAAGUACACCAGGUGAAGCUAACGGUGCAGUAACAGCUGGCUCGCGCGGUGCUGGAAACAAUUUAGGUGGUAGCCAAGCUCAAUCUUCAGGUAAUCGUAUUGUUGGUGAUGGCAACACUGUUUCGAGUCUCGCCAAUGUCAAUCCACAAGUUAAUGCUGGUGUGAAUCUGCUCAGUUCUGUUACACAAACCAUAUCCGAUGUAAUAGGCGGCGGUGCAAGUGGCGGACUGCUUGGUGGUGCACUUGGCGCUGUAGAAGGUUCAGCUAACAACAUAGGUGGCAGGCAACAGAUGGAUACAGGCUCUAACAUUCAAGGGAAUAACAACCAAGUGUCCAAUUUAAUUAAUGUGGAUCCUCAA